AUGGAAAUUUUCGUUAACACGAAAAAUAAUUGUUCUACGUUCCCAGAUUCCUCGAAUUCCUCUCAUUCUUGUUCUAUAACCCAAGUAAAAACAAUACCCAAACCACCAACACUUCACCUUCUCCCAUGUAAUGUAGAUUUUGAAGGUCCUGCAAAAGUAGACACGUAUUUUCUGAUUGAACAGCUGGUGGAUCAUGAAGUUACCUUGCAGCAUCAGUAUCGUGUAAAAGAGGAGGAAAAGAAUCCGAAACAAAAUGGAAAUGGGACAAGUAAUAAUGGAAUUAAUGAUAUAAACAUGAGAGUAGACAUCGAUCACGAUAAUAAUGUUAAUACAGUUCCAGAGAAGUCUAAUGGUGCUGGAAAAGACGCGUCUAAAAAAUCAGAUAGUAAUGAGAAGACCAAGGAUCCGCCAUCUGCAUCAUUAUCAUCAUCGUUUCGUGGACGAAAACUUAUUGGCCGUGAGGUGAUCUUGAAAGAUGGUUAUGAAGGCUUCAUAUUUAAAGAAACCUCGAUGAAACCAACAUCCUCAUUUAAAGAAUCUUCGCUAUUGCUAACAACCAUCUCCUCAGUCUCUAACAAUAAUGAAAAUGAAAAUAAUAAUGACGACCAUCUAUCAGAUUUGGAUCGUGAACUACUCGAACUGACAGCAUGUGAUGAAGAGAUAAUGACAAGGUGUUGGGAGACUGCGCAUGAAAAGUUUGAUCGGUUUACGGUAUGGGGACAUGACGAAUUUCCAGAGAGUUGGAAUUGUCAAAUAAUUAAGUCGUUAGAAUGGUUGGAGAUUUCGGAGGCGUUUCAUAAACCGACUCCACCUCCGAUUGCUGUAUCAACAAAGAAUGAAACCUCCAUAAAUGCAUCCUCCAUAAUGCACAUCCUUGGUCUCAAGUUAAAG